UUUUUUGGUCAGAGGAUUUUGAAGAGGGAUUGAGGGUCGAGAAAAAUGAGGCAAGGGCUGCAAAGUAGCAGUUAUUCUUAAACCUUCUCAUGGAAAAGCAGCGAAACCAGAAUCACCACCACCCCCACCACCGUAACCCCGACAACAAGAACCACCACCGCCACCACCAUCACCACCGUCAAACUUGGGGCACGUGGGAGGACCUUCUCCUAGCCUCCGCCGUCAAACGCCAUGGCUCUAACGACUGGUACACCGUCGCCAUGGAGAUCCAGAACCGCACCAACCUCCCUCACCUCCUCACCACCGCCCGCAACUGCGAGCAGAAAUUCCUCGAUCUUGAACGCCGAUUCACCGCCCAAUGCAACGACGCCGUUCGGGAGCCUCCGGAGAACGGCGCCCCCGCCGACGACGUCGUCGAUCACGUUCCCUGGCUCGACGAAUUGCGUAAGCUCCGGGUAGCUGAGCUCCGGCGAGAGGUCCAACGUCACGACGUCUCUAUUCUAUCGUUGCAGCACAAGGUGAAGCGAUUGGAGGAGGAGAGAGAAAAAAGCUUGAAGGAGAAUGACGCCGAACGAGAUGAGAAACCAGAUCUGGAAGACUCCGGGAAACCGGAAAACGACGAAAAAAACGGAGGAGGAGGAGAAGAGCCUGAACCGGCGAAUUCUGAACCGGUAAGGCGGGUCGAUGACGAUGGAAAUGAUAAUAGUAACGAUAAUAAUAACAACAAUAACAGCAGUACUAAUAAGCUUCCAGUGGGGGACGACUCGGACCGGGACAACCAAUCAGUUAACGAGUCGAAUUCGACCGGUUCAAGAUCAGCGGGGGAGAAAACCGGGGAGGAAGACGUGAAGCCUGAACCGUCUCCGGCUCAAACCGGUACGAAAAAACCGGAUCCGAGUGAGGAUAAAAAAGUCCAGGACUCGUCGGAGUUGAGAGACUCGGUGGCCAACUCGGAAGGGGGAGGGACGAGGGAGAGCAGCGAGGUGCAGAGCUCAGCGAGCCUGACGAGGAAGAGGAAGACGCGAAAGAGGAAGAAGAUCCCCGGCGGCGGAGGUAACGGCGAGGAGGAGGCGCCGGAGAACGACGAGGUUGCCGCGAAAUCACAACCGUUGGUUGGCCUCUUGGAGCUGAUCAAAGGACAUGAGAACAGCUCGUUGUUCGAGCGCCGUCUUGAAAGCCAGGAGGAAUGGGAAAAAUACAAAAGCAUGGUACGGGAGCACGUGGACCUAGAAAUCAUCCAAACGCGACUUCGAAACGGCUAUUACUCCUCCGGCGGCUCCACCGCCUUCCUCCGCGACCUCUUUCUCCUCUUCACCAACUUCAUCGCCUUCUUCCCCACCCAUUCCGUCCAGUCACGCGCCGCCACCCAACUCUGCAACCUCGUCUCCGACGAGAUGAAGAGCUUCACCACCCACAAUAACACCGCUCCUUCACUCCCGCCUCCGCCGCCGGCGCCACCGUCAUCGUCAGCCAAGCCUGAGUCUACUAAUCUGCUUUCCAAGCACAAAGCUUCUGCUCCCAUACUUGUUUGCCGGAAGCGAAGUUCGAUAUCCAGUAAACCUUCCUCUGCCUCUGCCUUUGGCCAUAAUAAGGGUAGUGAACGAUCAAGCAGCGAGAAGAAGCCACCACCACCACCACCCCAGAAGAGGCCACCGUCGGUUUCUGAUGACUCAGAUGAAGAACCUCCUCCUUCUUCUCCUCCUCCUGCUCCUCCUUCUCUGCCGCCUAAGUCAAAGGAUAAGCCGGUGACCCGAGUAAGAAGCCUGAGAAGAAGCAACAAAAACCUCGGUGGCAGCGGGGCCGCCGGAGUCGUCCAGAACAAGAAGCUUCAGUCCAGUAAAUCAACCCCUCCCAAAUCAGAUCAAAAAAACAAAGCAGCAGCCGCAGAAGAAGAACAGGCAGGAUCUGCGUCGGACAAAAAGAGGAGCGCGGCCGCAGAUUUCUUAAAAAGGAUAAAGAAAAACAGCGCCGGCGAGGCAAUGAGGGACGGCGGCCGAGGAGGGGGCGGAAGAGAUCAGAAAAAGGGUGGCGAUCAGAAAGGGAGGGAGAGAACAGCGAGGCAAGGUGGAGGAUCAGGGGAGAGAAAAGGAAGUGAGAAUAAUACAAAAUAUAAUAACAAUAGCAAUCAGUCAAAGAGAAGUGUAGGGAGGCCACCGAAGAAAGUAGCAGAAAGUAAUAAUAAUGCUUCAGUUUCUGCUAAACGAGGAAGGGAAAGUGGUGGUGGUGGGGGGAAGGAUAAAAGGCCCAAGAAACGAACUAGGAAGUAAGUAAUAUAGAAAUUAAUUAGAGAAUGUAAUGGUGCAGUUUCAUAGUUGGUUUUUUAUUGGGGAAAAAAAAAAACUGUAUAUCA